AUGCCAGCAAAUAAAAAGUCUGGCUGCUGUGGUCUUGGUCGCAGGUUCUACGCGGGCCCGAAACUGGUCAUAAUGGUCGCUCACCCAGACGACGUACAACACGUCCUGGUGACAUCCAAGAUGGUAGAACGAGAUCCCCUGACCACGACCGCCAUGCGCUCCUUCGUCGGCGACGGAUUACUCACCCUCAACGGCAGCCGCUGGAAGACGCACCGCAAACUCAUUAACCCCACGUUCCAUUCUGAGCUGCUGGGGAACUUCCUGGAGGCGUUCCACGAGGGCAGCCUCUUCCUGAGCGAGCUGCUGGCCAGAGACAGCGCGGGCGGCGCCGCCCCCGCCGACGUGCACGCAGCGGCCUUCUCCGGCGCGAUGCGGAGCUUCUGCAGCGCCGCCAUCGGCGUCGACCCCGACCGGCUUAUUCCGGACGUACCGAAGCACGAACUCUCUGCGGUGAUGAGACGCAUCAUAGUCCUCUUGCAGACGAUGAUGGUGCGGCCGUGGCGGCGGAGCUUGUCGCUGCUGCGACUGAGUUCAGAGGGCCGCGCCAUCUUGAAGUACUACGCGCACCUGCGGAAGUGUGUAGAGGAGGCCGUCGCCAUCAGGUCGGCAGCCACAGAGGAGGGACCAGCCAAGACGCGGCGGCGUCUGCUCGAGACGCUGGUGAAGCCUGGUGGGCAGACCGCCCUCCCAGUCUCGGAGGUCCAGGACGAGCUGAUGACUAUGACAGUGACCGCCACCGACACGACGGCUGUGUUGAUGAGUUACGCGCUGGCGCUGCUCGCGCUCCACCCAGAGUGGCAGGACGCGGCCCACAGGGAGCUGAAGGACAUCUUCGGCGAGGGCGGCGACUACCUGCGUGCUGCCAGCCUCGCAGAGCUGGCCAGCCUCAGGGUCCUGGAGAGCAUCAUCAAGGAGACGCUGCGGCUGUUCCCGGUGGUUCCGAUGCUCCCUCGGAUGGUCAGGGAGGAGAUCUGGUUGUCCAAAGGGCGGGUACUGGUCCCGAAGGGCGCGAUGCUAUUCGUGUCGCCCUUCCUCACGCACCGCCUGCCGCAGUUCUUCCCAGACCCGCUGAAGUUCGACCCUUCACGCUUCCUGGAGGGUCGAAGCGGCGAGGAGCACCCCUGCAGCUACCUGCCGUUCGGAUUGGGCUCACGCAACUGCGUGGGCUCCCAGUACGCGCGCCUCGAGGUCAAAGUCUUCCUGGCGACCGUCUUGAGACGCUUCCGGUUCCUGCCGCACAGCCGCUGGGAGGACCUUGAAAACUCCGUGCUCAGCAUCACCCUACACACCUUCAAGCCGAUCGAGGUCUACUGUGUGCCUCUGCAAGAGUCUGGCCUGUAG